AUGGCGCUGGAGAUAACGAGAAAUGAAAUCUACCCCGAGUGGGCAUCCAGCAAGUACUUUGUCGCCGCCUUCAGGCUGGCCGGAUUUGAUGUCCUGGAGGACAGUGUACGGGUGGAGAAUGCAUGUGGUGGCGGUGGUGGAUUCAUGAGCGAGACACUACGUGUUCAGGGGCUCACCCAGCACGGAGCUGUGGCCAGCCUCAUAGUGAAGGCGCCGCUGUCUGAUGGCGGGGGCGGAGGAGGAAGGCUCGGUUCUGCGGGUCUGUUCCGGCGAGAGCGGGCGCUGUACUCUCGGACGCUGCCUGCUGCGGAGGCGGCGCUGAAGGCGGUCGAGGGAGGGGCGUGGCGGCCGCUAUGGCCCGCCUCCUGGGGCGUGUGCGGAGGCGGCUGUAUACUGCUGCAGGACGUGGCGGCCGCGGGAUUCCGCAAGGCGCCCGGCGCCGCCUCCGCCCGCGGGUUGGAUUUGGCGCACUCCCUGGCAGCGCUGCGCGGGCUGGCGCGCCUCCACGCCGCCUCCACUCAAACUGCGCGCCGCGACGCCCAGGUGGAGCCGCUGCUGCGGGAGUCCGUCGCCUUCGGCCCCAGCCAGGCCCCUUUGCUACAGUCACAGGCCAGGACCGUCCUUCUGAAGAUGGCCGACGUGCUGAACCGCUACCCCUGGUUCUGGAGGUACCGAAACAAGUUUCUCCAGCUGGCAGACACCUUGCUGCCCAGAGCAACACACGCUAUUGCCAGCUGUAAUGAGAAGCUCACUGUCAUGGUGCAUGGGGACUUGCAGAAGAACAACAUGAUGUUCCGGUGUUUGAAGGAUGAGCUUGAAGUCAUUAUCUACGAUUUUCAGGGAGCCCACAUCGGGUCUCCAGCGGAGGACCUGCAGUACUUCCUGCACACGAGCACCAGCCUGGAGGUGCUGCAGCGGCACACGGACCUGCUGCUGUCCGAGUACCACAGCACCCUGCAGCACACGUUGCGAGCCCUGGGGCUGCAGCAGCAGGCGGACGCCUACCCGCUGGAGCAGCUGAGGAGAGAGAUGGAGCAGCUGGCACCAGUAGGAGUCUUCUGCACCUACAACCUGCUGCCUGUCAUGCUCAACCUAGAGGCAGUCAAUUUCGACCUCGAUACAUCGUCACCCAGCUAUGCAGCUAACGCAGAGAAGCUGUUACAGAAAUGCUUCACAAACCCCGAAUAUUUGGCAUUUGCUCAAUAUUUGACACCACUUUUUGAUAAGAGUGGUCUUCUUGAAAGUUAUUAG